ACACAAAACACCACCACCUCUACGCUUGUCCAUCGCCACAUUAAAGUGUCAUCACCACAACGUCCAGGUCUCAACGUGAGUCUUCUUCAAGUACAAGAGACCAUAAAUCCAUGGAUAAGGACCGUCCAAGGAAGCGCGUGCGUGUUUCCAUUGCCUGCCACAACUGCCGAAAUCGCAAGUCACGGCAUCUCACAUCAGCAAUACGGGAACAGUGUGAUGGCCAACAUCCCAGCUGUGGUCGAUGUAAAGAGCUCGACGCACCCUGCGUCUAUGACGAGCCGCCGGCACCACAUCACCGCCCAAGGUCAAGCACCACAGACACUCCUCCUUCGGACAUCCUUUCCAGGUUGAGUGCUCUUGAAGACAGGAUCAAUGCUAGAGGAACUGGGACCAGCCGUCAACAUACCACCCAGGACGAUGGCGAUGACGCCGAUGCCCAAGAAGACGUCGGCGAGUCUAAUAGUGGCACGAGCGAUCCGCCUACAAUGACAGGGCUCCCACGUUCGCACCAAGGAAAUGUCCACGUCGAUGGCAUGGGCGAGGUCCAACUGACAGAUGAUGGAGAGAACUGCACAUAUUUUGGUCCUUCUUCCAACGUGGCCUUGGUGCGCCAACUUUCGCUAGCCUUGACUCGGGCUCAAAGUCAAACCUCUCGCUCACGAGCUGUGCCGACCUCUGCAACUUCACUUGCAUCUUCAAGGUAUUCGUCACUUGAACAGCCGCGUUCAGAAAGCGGACGACGAGGGCCUUCAGAUGACGGGGUCAACGUUGGAUCCAGACCUGGCCAUCAUGUCCCUCCGGAACCAGAAGCCGCCCACAUCAUUCACGAAUACUUCAGCACCAUAGGCCUUUUCUUCCCCGUCAUCCAUCAAGACACGUUCAUGAGCACCUACAACGACCUGCGGAAGAAAGGGUUCAUGGGCGCUCGCCGCGUGUGGCUGGCUCUGCUCUACAUGAUCAUUGCCACCGUGUACCGUACCAAUUCUCCCUCUACUCCCUCCGAGACAUCGGCCGAAACCUCGGAAAGAUACUUUCAGUGGGCCAAAGACCUGGUCAUGCCACAGUUCCUGAUCUCGUCCAGUUUAGAAACCGUACAACUCCUCUGCCUCAUGAUCGAGUAUCUUCAUGGCUCUUCCCAGUCAGCCCAGCUCUGGACCUUACACUCGUUGGCCGUCAAGUCCGCUUUGCAAAUAGGCUUGCACUCAGCCGAUUCCUCUCGACACUUGACCCUUCUCGAGCGUGAGAUGCGUAAGCGAACGUGGUUCUUGAUUAUCAUGAACGACAACAACCUGAGCGCCAAAUUCGGUCGGCCCAUGACCAUCCCUCCCUCUCUUCAGAAACGACUGGAACCCCCACUAGACAUCAACGAACAUUUUCCCACCAUGUACGCAAGCCGAGCCGUCAUUGCAACGAGCGUAGAUGCCUUUAAAUGCGGUGUCCAACUUUCACAUAUCACAUGUCAGGUGGUGUCCCAGCUAUACGACGACAACGCAGGCGGCAGCUCCCUCAACCACGUCAACACCUUCGACACCCUUCGUCUAGCCUUUGAUUUCUCAUGGAAGUUAUCCCAAUGGCACCAGUCUGUACCACCAGACUUACGGCCCCAAAACUUGGCUGCGGAAAUUCCUCCUCCUGUCCUAGAAUCACCAUCACCAAGCAUCGAAGCCCAACGCCUACGAGCCGUUCUCAGCCUUCGGUACUACGGUUUAUGCACCCUGGUCGAGCGUCCAGUUCUACUCAAGUUUCUCGGAGUCCAGCUGGAACCUGGGCGUGGGCAUGGCGAGGUCGACACGAACGUGGCACUACUGCGCGAGUCCGGUGUAGUAUCCCUGCGGAGAUGUAUUCGUGCCUGCAGAGAAUGUAUAGCGCUUGCAAAAGCGAUUGUGGACCGGUGGCAGAACCAGAAGGUGCUGCUUUCGGGAGCUUGGUGGUUGACUGCUUAUCACGCUUUCGGCGCCUCCCUGACUCUUUACACCGUCCUCCUUAUUGCCGGCACAAAACCCUCCUUUUCCGACCUCCUCAGUGACUCCGAACUCACCACGGUUCGCUCCGCCCUCAGCGACGCCGUCGACUUACUGUCCCGCUUCGGCGAAAACAGCCUCGUCAUCUCGCGGUGCCACGAUUGUCUGGUGAACUUUCUGCGUGCUUAUGACUUGGUUGUGGCGGAGCAGCAGAAGCAACAACAGGCAUCACAUACAACACGUUCAACAACAACAACAACAACAACUGUGCAGACCAGUAGAAACUCUGAUCACACUUCUUCUUCUCAAUCGUUGCCGCUGCAGGGGCAAGGGCAGGGGCAUGUGAGUGUACUAGGGGAUGGCAACGGCGUGUCAUCAUCGUCGUCGUCGUCGGGGGGUUAUGUUGGUGUCUUUGGGACUACGCUCCCCUCGAACAGUGUUGAUGUAGAUUAUUGCACCGGCGCUCCCUUGACUAGUAUUGCCGCUUUGGGUGAUUUUACUGGCGUUCCUUUGGACUUUGGCCACUGGGGGGAUCCUCUGCCUUAUAUGUAAUUGAUGUAGCUCGCGUUUGGUGUAGUGUACAUAAAUCAAGACGGAAUAAUCCCUUCUUGUA